AUGAGUAAACACCUUCCAGCUCGUCGAACGCGUAGCGACCCUGGAUCUGCUGAUCAACCCUCUCGCAUUCCGAGGCCCAUAUUUACUGGCAGUCGUUCGUCCGUUUCGCCUACCAUCACUAAAUCCAGUCCAAAAGGCUCUCGGAGCCCAAAGAUAAAUGUAGCUAAGAAAUCAAAGGUUGUUGAAAAUUCUAAAUCGAACAGUAACAAGCAUUCUACUUGCAUCAAAAUCCAAGAUGCUCCAGCAGAACCUGCGUCUUCUGAAACCGAGCUCGAACAGAAUGAGGGAAUGUCCCCAAUUAAAAAAAUUAAAAUAUUUUUUGAUGACGAAAAUUCAAAAGAGAUUGUAACACCUACCAACAAUGGGAAUGUGAAGGAAGUACCAUCCGUGGAUAGCAAUAGUUGUAACUGCUAUGAGGUUUUUGUUCGCUGUGAGUCUGACGCUUCCAAUAUUUCGAAAGUGGAAGUAUUCAACAAUGCAAUGCCUGUCUUCGAAAAUUCACUGGUUGAUUCCGCUCCACUUAAGGUGGUUUCGAAAGAAAUUUCUGGUACUAACCCUUUCAGAAUGAGUGAAACGAAUCCAUUCAAGGGUGGCACAGAUUGUAAAAAUCCAUUCUUGAAAAUCACUAAUCCAUUCGAGGACACAGUGGAGGAAAUUUCAGCCUUGCAAUCAAAAGGUCAAAUAUCAUCGACUUUAAUUCCUCCCCCAAUUCCUGAGAGACCAUCCCUGAAGGCCAAGCCUGCUUUAUGUCAACAGGAAAUGGAGACUGAAAGUACGAGUUCUGAAAAUAUUUCUCCUAAAAUUGAAAUUUCAAUCAAGAGUGGGAAUGACAAUUGUGUAAUAGACGCUGCUCCGAAAGAAAAUGCCGUCGGCCAAAGAGUCAUCUCUCCCGUGAACAAUCGUGUGGACACCAUCAAGAAGGAUGAGGCCACAAAUGAAGUCACUUUUCCAGAAAAAUCUUCAGAAACCAGCUUCUGGAGCCCUCUUUCUCCUGAAGACUCUGUUAGAUCAAAUCUGCAGCAGUCUCCAGAAACGCAACCAACAGACGGGGUGUCCUCACAGCAACGGCCCAUUGAAGAUAUUCUCCAAGCUCUGGAUCAGCUCGUGCUCUCGGCUCCUCGUGAGGUCGAAAUCAGCAUCGAUUGGGGCACCCGGGGCCACGUCAACAUCCGAGAGAAAGCUGUUGUCCCCUCGACUGCUUCCGGCAACGGAAGUACGCCCUGCGAGAUGGACGGACUCAGCGACGAUCGGCGACGCUGCAUCGAAGAUCUCCUGAAGGAAGUGGACGAGUGUCUGCGCAUGCAAAAAGGUAGGAUAAGAUCAUUUUAAGGUAUUGUUUCAAACUGUUAUCAGCAUAGCUUUACAGUGCCCUUUCUUCAAGAUAUAAAGAGCUUUUAGUUUUUAUUGCAUAUUAUAGGUCGACAGAC